AGAUGAGUUGAGCGAGCAGAGGCUCUGGAGGAGGGCUGCAGCGGUGCUCUCCUUGUACAUUGUGCUUUUGCAGUGUCAGGGGUAUCCCUAGGAUGUGAUACAUGAUCGAGCAUCACUGCUGCAGCCUUGUUCCCGGGGACCGAAUGCUUGCUUGCUGGCACACAGCUCUCUUAGUUUGGAAACUGAACCUUUCUCAGCACUUUGGGAGCAGAGCAAAAUAUAUAUUUUUUCCCUUAUCUUUGCAAGACUGAGCUGGUAGUGCUCCCAUCAUGGUGGCUGCACACACUGCCCAUUCUACCUCCUCUGCUGAAUGGAUUGCCUGCUUAGAUAAAAGGCCUCUGGAACGUUCAGGAGAAGAUGUGGACAUCAUAUUUGCAAGACUUAAAGAAGUUAAAGCUUUUGAGAGAUUUCACCCAAAUCUUCUUCAGCAGAUAUGCUUUUGUGGAUACUAUGAAAACCUGGAAAAGGGCAUUACAUUGUACCGUCAAGGUGAUAUAGGAACAAGUUGGUAUGCAGUACUAACAGGAUCACUGGAUGUUAAAGUAUCCGAAACAAACAACCACCAGGAUGCAGUCGUCAUAUGCACUCUGGGUGUUGGAACGGCUUUUGGCGAAUCCAUAUUGGACAAUACCCCACGGCAUGCCACCAUUCUCACAAGGGAAAACUGCGAACUCCUUCGUAUUGAGCAGAAGGAUUUUAAAGCACUUUGGGAGAAAUAUCGGCAGCAUAUGGCGGGCUUCUUGGCUCCACCCUAUGGUGUUCUGGAAACCGGAUCUAAUGACAGACUCUCAGACAAAGAUAAUAUGAAUAGUGCUCUGGGACCAGGAUCCAAAAACUGUAAUAAGACCCCCCUCACUGAAAACCAAAUCCCGAUACGUCCAGCUAAAACCAUUACAGAGGUAAUGGGAUUUCGCCAAGUGGUGAAGGUUCCUUCAGAAAGAAUACUCAGGGCUGGAAAGACUUUGCGUAAUGCCCUCCUUUCUCGGGCACCCCACAUGAUUAGAGAUCGAAAGUAUCAUCUGAAAACAUACAGGCAAUGCUGUGUUGGAACUGAGCUUGUUGACUGGCUCAUGCAGCAAAGCUCAUGCGUUCAUUCUCGAACACAAGCAGUGGGAAUGUGGCAGGUGCUGCUCGAAGAAGGAGUCCUAAACCAUGUGGACCAAGAAUAUUACUUCCAAGACAAAUACCUGUUUUAUCGGUUUCUUGAUGAUGAUCAUGAGGAUGCUCCGAUGCUGACAGAGGAGGAGAAAAAGGAGAGUGAUGAGGAGCUGCAGGAUACGUUGCUCCUACUCUCUCAGAUAGGACCAGAUGCACAUAUGAGAAUGAUUCUGAGAAAACCACCAGGUCAGAGGAGUGCAGAUGAUUUAGAAAUUAUUUUCGAAGAACUUAUUCACAUUAAAGCCUUAUCUCACUUAUCAACAACAGUUAAACGAGAACUUGCUGGAUUUUUAAUCUUUGAAUCUCAUCCCAAAGCAGGAACAGUGUUAUUUAACCAAGGAGAAGAAGGCACUUCCUGGUACAUUAUCUUGAAAGGAUCAGUCAAUGUUGUCAUCUAUGGAAAGGGGGUUGUAUGCACUUUGCAUGAGGGUGAUGACUUUGGGAAGCUUGCCCUUGUUAAUGAUGCCCCGAGAGCAGCAUCUAUUGUUUUACGAGAAGACAACUGUCACUUCCUGCGUGUGGACAAGGAGGACUUCAAUCGAAUCCUGCGGGAUGUGGAAGCAAACACAGUGAGACUCAAGGAGCAUGAUCAAGAUGUCUUAGUACUAGAAAAAACCCCAGCUGGAUCUCAAGGCUCAGUACAAGGGAUCACUCAAUCUCCAUAUAAAUACACUGUGAUGUCAGGAAACCCAGAGAAACUCCUGGAACACUUCCUAGAAACAAUGCGUCUUGAACCAAGUUCAAGUGACACAACAGAUACUGCUUUGGACGAUUUUAUUCUGAUGCACUGUGUUUUCAUGCCAAAUUCUCAGCUCUGCCCAGCCUUAAUGGCACAUUACCAUGCGCAGCCUUCCCAGGGAACAGAGCAGGAGAAGCUGGAUUACACCCUGAAUAACAAGCGGAGAGUAAUACGAUUGGUGCAGCAAUGGGCUACUCUUUAUGGGGACUUGCUCCGUGAGGAUGUGGUUUCCAUGGCCUUUCUUGAAGAAUUUUAUGUGUCGGUAUCAGAUGAUACAAGAACAACUGCAGCCCUGAAGGAGCAGCUACCAGACCUGGAACGAACCAUAAAGCAAAUAUCUGAGGAUGCAAAGGGACAACAAAAGAAGCACAAGGUGCUUUUACGGCAGUUCAGCACUGGAGAUGAGAGACUGCAAAAGCGCCAGGCAAUACGGAGUUCCGACGAAAUUCUGUUCAAGGUAUACUGCAUAGACCAUACAUAUAUCACUAUACGUGUAGCUGUUGCUGCUUCAGUGAAAGAAGUGCUCUCUGCGGUCGCUGAUAAACUAGGCUCCGGGGACAGCUUGAUACUCAUCAAAAUCAGUUCUGCAGGAGAAAAAGUGGUGCUGAAACCAAAUGACAUAUCCGUGUUUACAACGCUCAGUGUGAAUGGACGUCUGUUUGCCUGCCCCCGGGACCAGUUUGAUUCUUUGACACCUCUCCAAGAACAAGAGGGGCCUUCUACUGGAACCAUGUCAACUUUUGAACUCAUGAGCUCUAAAGACUUGGCUUAUCAGAUGACCAUUCAUGACUGGGACCUAUUCAGUUGUGUGAAUGAGCUGGAACUUAUUUACCACACAUUUGGGAGACAGAAUUUUAAAAAGACAACGGCAAAUUUGGACCUCUUCCUGAGACGCUUUAAUGAAAUUCAGUUCUGGGUUGUGACUGAGAUUUGCCUGUGCCCUCAACUCAGCAAGCGCGUUCAACUUCUAAAGAAAUUUAUUAAAAUUGCGGCCCAUUGCAAGGAAUAUAAAAAUUUGAACUCCUUCUUCUCUAUUGUCAUGGGGCUGAGUAACGUGGCCGUAAGCCGCCUCUCGCUGACAUGGGAGAAACUCCCAAGCAAGUUCAAAAAGAUCUAUGCAGAAUUUGAAAAUUUAAUGGAUCCAUCAAGGAAUCACAGAGCUUAUAGACUCACUGUAGCUAAACUGGAGCCCCCGAUCAUUCCAUUUACACCUCUACUAAUUAAAGAUAUGACUUUUACCCAUGAGGGCAACAAAACCUUCAUUGACAAUUUAGUAAACUUUGAGAAAAUGCGUAUGAUUGCAAACACCUUGAGAACAAUAAGAUACUGCAGAAGUGUCCCUUUCAAUCCCGAUGCCUCUCUCGCCAGUAAAAAUCACCAGGAUGUGCGGAAUUACGUACGUCAAUUCAAUGUGAUUGACAACCAGAGAACACUCUCUCAGAUGUCUCAUCGACUAGAACCGCGCCGAGCCUAAACAAUCAAAUAUUCUGGGGGAAACAUUGCAGAUGACAUUGGUCAAGCUGAAUGUAAUGAAAAAGAUAUGAAACAUGUCUUAUUUCUUUUCAUUCCUGUUUACUACUUACUUGAUUUUGAUAUGGUUUUCUUACUGAUUCAUUCUUUUGUUUAACCUCGGGAUAUGUGUGAAUAAUUUCAUUUCUAUUAAUUAUGCUUAUGAGACAGGCAUAGAGUGAAUUGGUGCUAUACAGUUACUGAGGUUCUAAUCAGAUGGGAUACUGAAGGAACAAAUGUAAUCAAACUGCAAAAUCAUAUAGUUACUCAUUAUUUCACUCUGAUACUGUGUUUUGUGAAACAAAACAGUGGAUUAUACAAUUUAAAGGAACAGAAGAGGAUUAACCCAUAAUCUGCAAAACUGUACAUGUGCCCUAAACCCACCUAUAUCAAGUGAUGUAACUACCUGGGGGAAAUAGGGGCAACAGCACUGGGGACCAGCAAUAAUGUGUCAAGUUUCAGGCAUAGAGGGAAGGGGUACCCAUAGGGUUGUCACCUGCCCAAUAGUUUGAUGCUUGAUGUCAGUGUUAUAAAUAUGGUAGAAAGCUAAAAAUAUAAACAGCUUGGUAUUUUUGCAGAAAAUAUAGCAACUAGGGUUCCC